GAAUGAGUUGAAGGUAAACGCCUGCUGAACCAUAAGCAAUGUGCUCGCUUUGUUCAGAAUGCAGGCGUGAUUUCGGAGUUCUCUCAUUGGACUGGAAUGAGCUAUUCCCAUGUUUAAGAUAUUCGUUCAUCCGUGAACAAACCAAUCACAGUUGGUCGUGUUUACGCCUAAGGCUGACGGACUGUUUGCCCUUGGUGCUACAAGAAAACAGUAUUUCGCAAGAGCAUCUUCAUGAGAACCUCGCAAUCAUGCCGAUCUUAUCCAACAGUCUUGCCACCAAACCCUAACACUGAGUGAUUGCAAUGAGGUUCAGCACACAUACAGACACACACGUAUACACACGCAUACACAUAUACGCACACUCUAAUGCCAACUUCCAUCUCACAGCGAAUCAAAAGAAGCGAAUAGCGUCAAAUGAUAGUCUCAAAUCGCUAAAAGAGUGGAAAUGACGAAAUCUUAUGUUCAGUAUUCUUGGUACAUAAAGGUCUCCCUGUAAUCCCCGACUGGUUGUUUGUCGUUCUCUCAAGGAGCUUCCUUCCACACACUAAAGAGGCGAUGUCGGUGUUUCAAAGUGCAGGGCUUAGAGCUUAUGACUUCGUAGUGCUGGGUGAAGUGGUUUUGGGGCAUUGAACACUCUGUUUUGUCUCACGGCUAGCCAACAAAUCUGUUGCUACACGUCUAAGGAGGUUUGAAUAUGGAAGCACAAGCAAUAUAUCACUCCUUGUGAAAGAGUCUCGAGCUCUCCAGGUGCAUUCGGGUCAAGAUCGGGACAUUAUUCCGUCGUCCGUUCAUUCGUCUACCCACAAAGCCACCACCCAUCAACCAUCAUCUAUCCAUCUAUUCAAGAUACCCAACAAAAUUACCCGGACAGUGAUACCUUUUGACUUGUUGGCGACGACGACGACGACGAGUACGUUGCCGCUUUGGGGCCCCCAAAAAGUGCUUUGGAAGGCCCAGAUAUGCUGCAGAUGGUGUGGUGGUGGUUGGGUUUGCGCCGACUUAGAAGGCGUCCAAAGAUUUUGAAGCCAGUCCGGACUGGAGUUAGAUAAGUGAAGAACAAUUUGUUCAGUCGCUCCAAGGGUUUUGACCAAGCAGGCCGCUAUAACAAGAAACAAGUCUGGUGUGUUCAAAUACACAUCAAGAAGUUGUUCAGCGUGAAGUGCUUUUUCAAUUGAACAAUCUUGCCACCUUUGGGAUCACUCUCGGGCGAUCCAUCCGAGUCUCCUUGCGUGCGAAUGUAAUAAACUCAAGCAGCUCUUUGUAAAUUUACUUACCUUCCCUACGACCUAUACCAGAGAAGACGAAUUCCAGAAGCAAACGAAGUCUAAUAUUAAACGAAAUUGCUGUCCAUUGGACGGUUAAGGGAACAAUAUGAAGUCUCACCAUCUAAUAGUACGUGCCCUGCUCCUGUUGCUCCUUGUCGCCAUUCACUGUUUUGGUCAAAGAUGCUUCAGGAAAACUCCGUCCUCAGGCAGUUUAGCUCGCUGCGACAGCAAUGCCCGCUAUCGUACUUUUGACGGUCGAUGCAACAAUUUGGCCAAUCCAGAUUGGGGUUCAGCGGGUGAGCCUUUGCGGCGCUUUCUUCCAAACGCGUACGAAGAUGGCCGGGGGAUUCCUCGUGGAGGUGGACAUCCAUCUUCACUGCCCAGUCCACGUUGGGUUUCCCAGAAGAAUCAUCCUGACUCAGAUGUCCCAGAUAGUCGCUUCACACACAUGGUGAUGCAGUUUGGUCAAUUCCUGGACCAUGAUCUCACCCUCGCACCUAAAGACGAACAAACCGAUUGCUGCAAAAGUGAAGUCCGGGAAGCCGAUUGUUUUACCAUUGCCAUACCAAGUCCAGACCGCUUUUUUUCGUGGGUGAACAACUCUGCCACCUGCUUGAAUUUGAUUCGGUCCACUCCAGUUUGUGGGUCCCGUAUACGGGAGCAGUAUAAUGAGCUGACCGCCUACAUCGACGCCAGCAACAUCUACGGAUCCGAUGAAAAGCACGCCAAGGUUCUGCGCACUUUCAAAGAUGGAAGGCUCCAUCGCAAUAGUAAUACGGAUCAGCUCCCCACCCGAGAUCAAUUGGGAUUGAAUGCGAAUUCACGACUUUUGAGACCGGAAAAGCCUGGAGAUUUUAUGGCGGGUGAUAUGCGAGUCAAUGAGCAUCCAUUUCUCGCCACACUGCACGUGGUGUUUCUUCGAGAGCACAACCGCAUAGCCAAACUACUACGCGAGUAUUUGCCUUCAGAAUACCAGACCGAUGAAAUACUUUACCAAGAGACCCGAAAAUUGAUUGGAGCCGAGAUGCAAAACAUUGUGUAUGGAGAAUUCCUUCCAACCGUUCUUGGAGUGGAUUUCAUGAGGAGAUAUGAUUUGAUUGUCAAAGAAGAAACCGAAUAUGAUGCUAAUGUCGAUGCAACAAUUUUUAAUUCCUUUGCAUCUGCGGCUUUUCGAUUUGGCCACUCCAUGAUAAAUGGUAUGUUUAAAUUAGUCUCGCAAAGACAAAGCUCGACUAAGUCCGAAGAUGUGUAUUGGUUGUGGCGAUUGCGAGAGGUUUUCGAUGGACAAUCUAUUCGAGGAGCUCGGUUACCGUUGGAAAAUAUGUUGGAGGGCCUUAUCACCCAAGAGCCGCAGACCUGUGAUGCUUUUUUCACCACGGAAAUUACUGACCAUUUAUUCCAAAAGAACAAUUUAAGAGAGAACUUUGGUCUGGAUUUGUUAGCCCUGAACAUCCAAAGAGCUCGUGAACACGGAGUUCCUUCUUACAGUAGCUAUCGUCGGAAAUGUGGGCUGAGACCCUUGAAGAAUUGGAAUGAGAGACCUACAGAAUUAGACGAGGAUUACUGGAAAAGCCUUCAAGACGUGUACAACUCGGUGGAAGACAUCGAUCUGUACGUGGGUGCCAUCGCGGAAAAGAAUGUUCAAGGAGGAGUUGUGGGUCCAACGUUUGCUUGCCUCAUUGGGGAACAGUUCUCACGGUUGAAAAGGGGAGAUCGUUUCUUUUACACCCAUUCCCGCUCAAGUGGAGGACAAGGUUUAGGACCAGUAACCAAAAAAGCCAUUCUCCAACGAACAUUGGGUGAUAUUAUGUGUGACGUGUCUCAGUUAGGCAAAGCCCAGAAGUGGGUCACCUUGCAGCCGAAUUCCGACUACAACAACGUGGAAUCUUGCAACACCAAGUUUCGCAUCAACAUGCGGGAAGUCGCUCAGGAAAUUGCCCAAGAACUGAAGUCUGUCACUAUUGGGAAUCGCGAGGUGCGCACUUUAGUCAGGGGCAAUCCACCCUCGAAUCAAUUCCUUCACAGGGGCCGUCCCAUUCAAUUCCAAGAAGUCGACGCAGUGACCCGUCCCUUGUCACAAGAGUUUCCUGCCAGGGCAAAGACAGUUCUCCCCACGCAUCCUAGGGUUCCCACUAACCUUAGGCUGCCUUCGAAAACAAUUGUGACCGAACCAAGGUCUGAAGGGAGUCCAACUCGCUCUACGCAGGUUUUGAUCAACAGGUUGUCCAACAAUUCCAGGGUUGGAGUGUCCACAACAGCUUGUAUUUUCCAGCUAUGUUCGUAAUGGUGUUAACCUCAAAUCAAGUCUCCCAAAAUCAAAAGACAAUCUGAACCAACCUCGUGGCAUUAUAUUUCCAUGAUAUUCCAAGUGCUCUGGCGAAAUUUCUUCAUUAUCAUGUGCCUCUGCGUUUGCUUCUUGUUGCAAGAUUCGUCUUCUCUUAAUCAAACCAUAACCUUCAUGUCUUUCUUUCAACGAAUUAUAUCGGAACGAAAACUGCCUUAUGUUAAGCAAUAAAAUCAAAUCUUAUGCAAAAA